GUGUCCUCCGGUAAUGAGCUGCUCUCAGGCCGACGGAGCUAACGGCAGAUACCAGACCGUAAACCAGGAGAGCAGCUCCUGUCUCUGAACGUUACCGGUAUGCUGAGGUAACGGGGUUAGGGUUAGGACCUAUUGCCGGUAAUGGGAGACACAGAGACGAUGAGCGGAGCUACCGGACUGUUGGUGCUGCUGAUGCUCAGCCACCGGGCUGCGUUCACGGCCAGCAGGUCCCUGAACGCACCGCAGGAUGGACCGACAGGUUCGGAGCGGCAGCGUCUCGUCCUGCUGGAGACUCGACCCUUCAUCCUGGUGGACGGUCAGAGGAGAAGCCUGACUGACGCUCUGCAGGAUGGACACCCGGACCGGCUGCAGUGUGGUCUGGAGGUGGGAGGACGUCUGUUCUUGUUGGACCUGGAGAAGAACCACGACCUGCUGCCCAAACCGCCCAACGUCUUCUACUACCUGCCCAACGGCACCGGAGUGUCUGUGAUGGCCCAUGCUGUGACUCACUGUUAUUACCACGGCAGCGUUCGAGGGUUCCCUCAGUCCAGAGUGGCAGUCAGCACCUGCUCCGGACUCCGCGGAGUCAUCACCAUCAACUCCACGCUGAGCUUCGAGCUGCAGCCGCAGGAGGAUGAGCAGCCCCCCCACCAGGAGGACGAGGAGGAGGGCGAGGGGGGGGCAGGAAGAGGAGGAGGAGGAGGAGGAGGAGGAGGAGGAGGAGGAGUCCACCUGCUGUACUCCAGCAGCUCCCUGGAGAGUAACGGAGGGGGGGGCUGUGGGGUCUCUCACAGCAGCAUCCCCCCCCUCCACAGCUCCACACACACACACAGGAGGAGGCGGGACAUCCUGUCUGAGAGGAAGUACAUCGAGCUGGUUCUGGUGGCCGAUCAUCAGGAGUUUCUCAACUAUCAGAAGAACAACAGGAACAAUGAGACCAUCAUCUACCGCAUGCUGGAUGUGGCCAAUCAGGUGGACUGGUUCUACCGGCCGCUGAACGUGCGCGUGGCGCUGACCGGUUUGGAGAUCUGGAGCGACCGCGAUAAAAUCCGGGUGGAGAAGAGUCCGACCGACACCCUCAACAACUUCCUGCAGUGGAGGAGCCGUGAGCUGCUGCCGCGCCUUCGCCAUGACAAUGCCCAGCUCGUCAUGGGCGGAGCGUUCGACGGCACCACGGUGGGGAUGGCGUCGCAGUCCUCCAUGUGCUCCAGAGACCGCUCAGGGGGGGUCAACGUGGAUCACCUGGUCAGCGUUCUGGGCGUGGCCUCCACCGUCGCUCACGAGCUCGGUCACAACCUCGGGAUGACCCACGACACCGCCGAGCGCCGCUGCUCCUGCCAGAACGACCCGCGGCUCGGAGGCUGCAUCAUGGAGCCCUCAACCGGGUUGUUGCCGGGGCAACAGUUCAGCAGCUGCAGUGAGGAGGACCUGUCUGUCAGCCUGCUGAUGGGGGGGGGCAUGUGUCUGUUCAACGUGCCCCAACCGGACCAGCUGCUGGGGGGGCCGCGCUGUGGGAACCUGUACGUGGAGAAAGGAGAGCAGUGUGACUGUGGACUGCUGCAGGAGUGUGAUGACCCCUGCUGUAACGCCUCCACCUGUCAGCUGGUUCCUGGAGCUCAGUGUUCAUCUGACGGCAUCUGUUGCCAUGACUGCAAGCUGCGGACCGCCGGCUCCGUGUGUCGUGAGCCAAUCGGAGAGUGCGAUCUCCCCGAGUUCUGCACCGGCGGCUCCGCCCACUGCCCCCCCAACGUGUUCCUGCAGAACGGCGAGCCCUGCGAGGACGCCGCCUCCUACUGCUACAGCGGGGUCUGCGCCAGCAUGCGCACCCAGUGCCAGACACUGUGGGGUCCCAACGCUACGAGCGCUCCGGCUGUUUGUUUUUCGUCUGUCAACAAAAAAGGAAACAAAUAUGGAAACUGUGGUCAGCUGAGCAACGGCUCCUACGUCCCCUGUGCCAGCUCUGACGUGUACUGUGGGAGGAUCCAGUGCCAGGGCGGCAGAGAGCGCCCCCUGCUGGGCACCAACGCAGAGAUCUUAACCACCACAGUCCGCUUCAACCACAGCGACCUCGUCUGCAGAGGAAGCUUCUUCCACCUGGGAGACGACGUGUCCGACCCGGCCACCGUGGCCCAGGGCACAGCCUGCGGGCCAAGCAAGGCCUGUUUGAACCAGAAGUGUGAGGACGUGUCGGUGUUCGGUGUGGACGAAUGCCGCAGGAAGUGCAACGGUCACGGAGUGUGUAACAGUAACAAACAGUGUCACUGUGAGGUGGGCUGGGCUCCUCCUGACUGCAGGUAUUCGGGUCACGGAGGCAGCGUGGACAGCGGCCCGGCCCGAGCUGCUGGAGGGUCUGAUCCGGUCCGAGUCACCCUGCUGGUGAUCUUCCUCUUCAUCCUUCCUGUCGUCCUCCUCUUCCUCGUCCUUCGGUUCCCUCGGUUCCGUGUCUGUGUCGGCGCUGCCAGGCCGUUCGGAAAAACACGACAAGACAACCGCAGGACCC